ACCACGAAAGUCACAUGUUUCUAGCUGGUUCCUUGUUUCUGUCAAGAUGGCCUGUGAGGGUCGUGUGUUGCUGCUGAGAGGAGUGACACUGCUCGUUGGGUUUUCUGUCUGUGCUGUCGUACAAGGACAGGUCAAAGGCUUCCGGAGGUUCGGUCAUGUGCAGCGGGUCCAGCGGGGAGCUGCGUCUGAGGAGCAGUGGUUCACUCAGAAACUGGAUCACUUCAACGGUGCAGACCCCAGGGAGUGGAAGCAGAGGUACUUCGUCAAUGAAAACUUCUACAAGCCAGGUGGCCCAGUGUUUCUGAUGAUAGGUGGAGAGGGCCCGGCCAAUCCAGCAUGGAUGCAGCACGGAACCUGGCUCACCUACGCUGAGAAAGUGGGAGCGCUCUGCUUGAUGCUGGAGCAUCGCUUCUAUGGAAAGAGUCACCCGACAGUUGACCUCAGUACAGACAACCUGCGUUUCCUCAGCAGCCGUCAGGCUCUAGCUGACCUGGCUCACUUCCACACCAAGAUAGCUGAGGACCGAGGCCUGACCAACAGGAAGUUGGUGGCAUUUGGCGGGUCAUACCCAGGUUCCCUCGCUGCUUGGUUCAGGCUGAAGUACCCACACCUCGUCCACGCUUCUGUGGCCACGAGUGCACCCGUUCAUGCUACUGUCAAUUUCCCAGAGUACUUGGAGGUCGUGUGGCGUUCGCUGGCCUCAGAAAACCCAGAGUGCCCCAGACUGGUGAAGAAAGCUUCAGAUGCCCUUGUAGAACGGCUGAAGGAUCCCAAGACCCACGACAACAUCACUAAAGACUUCAACUUGUGUUCCAGACUGCAGAUCCAGACAGAGAUGGACUCUGCCUACUUCCUGGAAACACUGGCUGGCAACUUCAUGGAUGUGGUCCAGUACAAUGAAGACAACAGGGGGUUUGAGGGGGUGACAGGCACGAACAUCACCAUCAAGGUGUUGUGUGGUGUGAUGGCUGACAGCUCACUGGGGGAUCCAUACGCCCGCUAUGCUGCUGUGGCCCGCCUCAUGAUGGACACCUUCUCAAUGAAGUGCCUGGAUGCCAGCUACACGACCAACCUGAGAGACAUGACCAACACAUCCUGGGAGGGGCCGGCUGCAGGGGGAGGGAGACAGUGGGUCUACCAGACCUGCACUGAAUUUGGAUUCUACCAGAGCACUGAUUCGCCCAAUCAACCGUUCACUGGCUUCCCUCUUGCGUAUCAUGUGAAACAGUGUGCGGCCUACUACAAUGUAAGUGCUGCGCAGCUGGCGGAGGCCGUGGCCCAGACCAACGAGUAUUAUGGCGGCUAUGACAUUCGCUCUAGCAGAAUCGUUUUCCCCAACGGGUCCAUUGACCCCUGGCAUGCCCUGGGAAUCACAAAGGACAUCACAGCCAACCUCCCUGCUGUUUUCAUCAAAGGAACAGCCCACUGUGCCAACAUGUACCCUGCCAGGAGCGAGGAUCUCGCUCAGCUGGAUCUGGCCCGUGACCAUGUCUCCUUACUCCUCCAGCAGUGGCUGAAGCAGUGACCAAACAAGCAAACUAAUGAUUCUUUUGUGCAGGUUAUUGACGUUGGAAUGACACUGAUUAUUUUGAUGCAGUAUUAAUGACUGCAUGACUGCUUAAGAAGGCACUUUACACAAGUAUCAGCCAGUACAAAGUUCAGGUAUUUUUAAAUGAAUGAGCAGAUGAAUAAAAAUGCUUUUUAUGA